AUGGAUACGAGUACUACUACCCCGACUGGAGUGAAGGUUGUUAAUAAUUACCAAUACAUCUUUGGUAAAGUAUUAAACAAACGAUUGAAAUUUAUACUUAAUAUUAAUAUCUUACUUGCUUUACUAAUAUCAAUUAUAUUAAGAUUACCAUUUGGUCAAUUCUGGUUUAAUUUAUUGCUUACGAUAAGUAUUAGAGGACCAAUCUUAUUUCUUGCAUUUAGUUUAAUUAGACAAGCCAGGAAAACUCAUUCAACUGUUGAUUAUACAAUUCAUAAGACUUUAGGAUCACAAAUUUAUUACACCUUGUUUUCCAUGAACUUUUUAACUAAUUCAAUUUAUUAUGUUUUGUCUGGUUAUUUAAUUGCAGGUGUUUUUAUAUUCCAAUUGCUGUUUACUUUUGAUUAUUAUUUAUUAUCAAAAGAAUAUAGAAAGAAUCCAUUGAUUAAUGAUCAAUGGGUAUUUUAUUGGUAUUAUCCUUUAUUUAUGGGAUUGUUUUAUAGUUGUCAUCAAUUGAUAUUCCAAAGAAAUAGAUUACAAUUUGAAUAUGGACAUACCAAGAAAAACCCAGCUAAUUAUUUGUUUGGUCAUUUGCCUCAAUUAUUAGGGAAUUCAAUUGGAUUAAAUAUUUUCAUUACAUUAUUAACACCCGCGAGUUAUUGGAUAAUCAAACCAUUGAUUUAUAAAGCAAAUAUCUUGAUUAUAUUAUUGCUCGGAUUAGAUACCAAAAUCCCAAUGAAUAACACCACUUGGACAACAUAUUUCCAAUUAGCAUUCCUUUCAAAUAUCACAUUACUUUCUUGGGAAAUCAUAAACCACGCGUUUAACGUCUAUGCCACAAUCGGAUGUCUCGAUGGGAAAAAACCAAUCAGCACCUAUAGUUCAGAUCCAAUUCAUUGUUUAUUAUCUGGAUUACGUAAUGUCGACCCUGAUUAUCAAUUGAGUAGAUUAACCGCAUUUCAAGAAUUAGCCUACAUUGCAACCACAACCGAACCAGAUGGUAAGAAAUUAAGAAGUGCAAUCUUUAGUGCAAGAUCUAAAAAGGGAUAUGUCUGGCCAGCAAUAUUUGAUGAAUGUUCAUUGAUUAUUAAAGAGACUACUGAUCGAAUCAAUUAUCGUACUGCGGCUGACCUUAAGGCGUUAAAAGAAAGUCAGAUUAAUAUUAAAGGGGAUGUGAAUAUUGGAUUAAGAGGACGUAAUAGGGGAGGUAGUGUUGUUGAUGAUGAUAUUUUUGGGAAUUCUUUUAUAAGUAGUCCAAUCGCAAAAUCAUCCCCAGUUAGUCCACUUAAACUGUAUGGUGAUACUUUAGAUUCUAAAAAAAUUGAAGAAAAAACUACAAAUCCACUUGUUAUAUUUAUAAAUCAAAGUCUUGUUGUACCUUUACAAUCCCUCAUAUCAACAUUCUCCACAGGAGUCAACACCAAGGAUCAAAAAUUCUUGACCCAACUAAAAUCAAUCUAUACAAAAUUAAGCCAAAUCUAUAACAUAUAUCAUCAAAAAUUCUUACAAACCUGGCUAGGAUUAUUCUUCAGAACAACCCUUAAACGAGACACAGAAUCCCGAGUUAUAAAUCCCGUUAAUUUCGGUAAUGCAAUAAUUGCAAUCUCAAAUCUUUUACAACAUUCAGUUGAAGAAGAUAAAAAUAAUACAAUCACCGCUAAUGAUGUUUCCGAAAUUUUGAAUCUUUUAGAAAGACCAAUUAGGGCCUGUUCAAAUUAUACUGAUUAUAUUCCGGCUUCGGUAUAUCUUUCCCAACAACAACGGGAUAAUCCUAGGAUUGCAAAGAGACAUUUGAUUGCUAUAUUGCAUGAUUUGACCAUGCAUGAAUUCUAUGAGAAUUGUGUUAAAUUUAAUGGGAAAUUGAAUGAUUUGGUAUUGAAUCCGAGAACUUAUAAAUUGGCGAAAUGGGUGAUUGAUAUUGCCAUUGCUGAACAACAACAAUCAAUUAGGACUCAUGUGUAA